UCAUCCUCAGCACUGCCCCCAUCCCUGUUCCCGUCUCCAUCUGCACCCCCAUCCCCAUCUCCAGCCUCGCCCCUGCCUUCAUCCCCGUCGCUGUUCCCAUCGCUUCUGCCGACGCCGACACAUUUUUCCGGGAAGACAGGGGGCGUGGUGGCUGGACAGGGCUAUAAAGAACUGUGAAAAUCACAAAAGGGUGAGAUUUGGUUUCACUGCUGCAGCGGAAUGAGCCGCUCCAUCUCCGCCGUCGCCCUGCCUGUCGGGGUGGCGCUGGUCGCGGCGGGAAGCCAGAUCCUCUGCCAUGCAGCUGAGAUCCCCAGAGAUGAAAAGACUGAAACAAAGGAGACAAAGGCAACCAACAGCAAGUGGUGGCUAAGCCCCAAGCAGGAACACACUACAAGGAACACCAAGUGCAACCUGACUGGCUGGUGGGAGAAUGACCUGGGCUCUAGGAUGCAGAUAUUUAAGGUUGACAGCCAGGGCAACUUCUCUGGCACAUACCACACUGCUGUGUCAAGCGCCCAGAAACCCAUCGAGCCAUGUCCCCUUGUUGGAACCCAGCACUUGGAUGAGGACGGGCAGUGCACCUUUGGCUUCACUGUGAACUGGAAGAAGUUUUCUGAUUCCACAGCUGUCUUUGUGGGACAAUGUUUUGCCGGGAAAGGUGGUGAGGACAUCCUGCACACCUCCUGGCUACUGCGGGAAAAGGUUGACUCCCUGCCCGACGACUGGAAAGCUACCAGGACUGGCCGCAACGUCUUCAUUCGGGUGGGCCAAAUGGAGGAAAGAGAAUCCUCUUGAUUCAGCCAGGCUUCAUAGGCCUGAAGAACCUGCAGCAGCUUCAAUGUGUUGAUCUUUAAACAUAAAUAAAGUUUUUUUCCUU